AUGGCAGCUGAGGUGUACAAGCCAGCCCCUGUCAGGGAGGUGGAGAGAGGUGAAGGCCAGGACUCCAUAGAGCCGAAGUCUCAGCUUCACAACAAGGAGAACGACCAGCAUGGUGGACCCUCAGAGUUCAGAGCCAUGGAGGCCCCGCUGCCAAAGGUCAACCCCUGGACCAAGAAGAGCAACGGGCCACCGCUGGCCCAUGUGUACGGUGCUCCGGGGCACACAGACCUUCCAUGCCCUGCAAAGAUUGUAAAAGCUGCAAAACCCGUGUCUAAAAAGGCUAGUGACUUCAGUGACAUCACUAACUGGCCAACACCGAGUGAAACUGCCAACCAUGUGUUCCAGCCGAACCUUCUAAAUCCCCCCAACAAAAACUCGUAUUCUAAAAAGGAGAAAAAAAGCGACAGUAAACCUGAGUGGAAAAGUAACCCUGAAAGCAAAGAGAAUUGCGAGGUUGUCACUCCUGGCCAAAGCGAGGAAGGACCCACAGCGGCUGCAAAGAAAAAGUAUGUCAAACAUAAAUGGGUUCCAUUACACUUGGAGGAAAAGAAGUCCAAUAAACAGGAAAGGCCUGCUUCUCAGACUGAUUCUCCAUCUGAACCAAAUACAUCUAAAAACUUCAGACGAGGGCACCAUAUACAUGGGUGGCAGCGAGAUAGAAAAAGUGACCUAGAUGAGGUCUCAAGCACAAGAAGUGAAUCUAGCGGUGUUAGGGAAAACUUUAGAGGACGAGGAAGAGGAGGCCGUGGAAGAGGCAGAGGAAGAGGGCAUUCUUAUUUUCAGUAUGGUGUUCGUAAGGGGAAUGAGCCAUUUCACUCUGACUCAGUUGGAAACCGCAGAAGUAUGGUGUAUUGCUAUGAUUAUGGAACUGGUGUGCAGUAUUAUCCUUUAGAUGAAAAGCUGCUGAAGGAGUACCUGAAACGUCAGAUUGAAUAUUAUUUCAGUUUGGAAAACUUGGAGAGGGAUUUUUAUUUGAGAAGAAAAAUGGAUGCUCAAGGAUUUUUGCCUCUCUCCCUGAUAGCAGGCUUCCGUCGGGUGCAGUCUUUGACCACCGAUGUCAGUAAGAUUUGUGAGGCUUUGAAAGACAGCACAGAGGUAGAACUGGUGGACCAGAAAAUAAGGAGAAAGGUUGAUCCAGAAAGAUGGCCCAUUCCCACUACUCCAACUCAAGAAGUGACACGUACUGACUUCACCCGGUUCAUCAACUGCCCUGAGUUUGUACCUGGAAAUCUGCAGGCAUAUCACACAGGAUCUGCUCCUAAUUCUCCUAGGAAAGGAAGUCUUCUCUUUCCAGAAAGAAGUUUAGAACCCAGCAACCUGCAGACAAUGUCAAAAGGUUUAUCUGCCAGUCUGCCUGAUCUGGAUUCUGAACCAUGGAUUGAAGUAAAGAGAAGACACAGAGCUUCUCCCACAAAGCCAAAGGAAGCAGAGACCUGUCCAGUAACUCCAAAACAAGCGACUGAGGAAGUGGAGCAAGAAGAGCUAGACUUCAUGUUUGAUGAGGAGAUGGAACACCUACAGGGACGCAAAAAUAACUUCACAGACUGGUCUGAUGAAGACUCGGAUUAUGAGAUUGAUGAUCAAGACCUGAAUAAAAUCCUUAUUGUCACACAGACCCCACCUUACCUUAAGAAGCAUCCAGGUGGAGAUCGUACAGGAAAUCACACUUCACGAGCCAAAAUUACAUCUGAACUAGCCAAGGCUAUUAACGAUGGGCUGUACUAUUAUGAGCAGGACCUAUGGAUGGCGGAUAGUGAAACAGAUCACCUAGCAUUGAAGCAAGAAAUCGAAAACUUCAGGAAGUUAAAUCUCAUCAGUAAAGCAGAGUUUGACAUUCUUGCACCAGAGCUACCAGUUCAGCCAAAUACUGAUGAGUCCCCACCAAAUAUUCCCCACGUUUCCUCAAGGUGUUCCAGAAUCUCCUGUAUCUGUACCUGCUAGAACGCCUAAAACUCCCCGUACUCCACGCCUGCAGGAUCCCACCAAGACACCACGCUUUUACCCUGUGGUAAAGGAAACCAAAUCCAUGGAUAACCAGACCCCAAGAAAGAGAAAAACCCGGCACAGUUCAAAUCCACCUGUGGAAAGUCAUGUUGGAUGGGUAAUGGACGUCAGGGAGCACAGACCGCGGACUUCAUCAGUGAGCAGUUCCAAUGCUUCUCCUUCAGAAGGCACCCCACUUGUUGGAAGCUAUGGGUGCACCCCUCAUUCAUUACCCAAGUUUCAACAUCCUUCUCAUGAACUGUUAAAGGAGAAUGGAUUUACACAGCAAGUGUACCACAAAUAUCGUCGGAGGUGCCUAAAUGAGAGAAAAAAAUUGGGAAUUGGUCAGUCCCCAGAGAUGAACACUCUGUUCCGCUUCUGGUCCUUUUUCCUCAGAGAUCACUUUAACAAGAAAAUGUAUGAGGAGUUUAAAGCAAAUCUCUGUCGAAGAUGCCAAAGAAAACUACAGGUAUGGCCUGGAGUGCCUUUUCAGGUUCUACAGCUAUGGACUUGAAAGGAAAUUUAGACCAGACAUAUUUAAGGAUUUUCAGGAAGAAACUCUGAAAGAUUAUGAAACUGGUCAACUGUAUGGACUGGAGAAGUUUUGGGCCUUUCUUAAAUACUCCCAAUCCAAAAACUGUCUGUAGAUCCCAUACUGCAGAACCACCUGAGCAAAUUCAAGAGACUGGAAGACUUCCGAGUUGAUCCUCCGUUAGCAGAAGAGUCAGGACGCCGCAGACAUCCAUCUAAUUCAGGACAUGAGGACACCAGCCGUCGAAGGCAUCGUUCAGGCUCCUCCAAGGCCAUUCAUACCACUAAACAUUCAGUGGUCAGUCACUCUCAGGGCCCCUCUUAA